CUGGGACUUCCGAAACGGGGACUCGACAUCUACCAGGCUUCACGUGUCCAAAGUGACCGACCCCUCCGCGAAAAGAUGCGUGUUUCAUAGGCUGGAGAGAGCUUCCGUCCUCUUUUGUCAGCGCCUAACUCCGCCCCGAAAGACUUGGGCGAAGGAGGAAGAAACAGGCGAAGCGGUGGUGUAUUUUAGCAAGAGGGGAUCCCCAUCUUUCCGGAGCGCGCAAACGGGUGAACCCCGCUUUGGAGGAGAAUAGUGCUCGGUGAACCACAAUCAUGGACUUGGAUGACAUCCAGAUGAAAUCGGAGGAUUUUUUGGAAAAACGCCGUCUGAAUGCUGGUGGUUUUGGAACUGUCUCAUUAUGCUACCACAAAAGUCAUGGGCUUGUAAUAUUAAAAACUGUGUAUACUGGACCACAACGCACAGAAUGUAACAAUUCCCUUCUAGAGGAAGGCAUGAUUAUGCACAAACUAAAUCAUGAUCGGGUGGUGAAACUACUAGGUGUCAUCAUGGAGGAUGGAAACUACUCCCUUGUGAUUGAAUACAUACGCAAAGGAGACUUGAUGUCUGUUCUAAAAGCAACUCCUAUUCCUUUGCCUGUGAAAGGACGCUUUAUUCUGGAGAUUGUUGAAGGAAUGCUUUACUUAACAGAACAAGGUUUAGUGCACAAGGAUCUGAAGCCAGAAAAUAUUCUUGUGGAUGAAGAAUUUCACAUCAAGAUAGCAGACCUUGGUGUGGCUUGUUUCAAAAACUGGAGCAGGCUGACUAAAGAAGAGACCAGUCGACAGAGGAAAAUCAAACAGAAUUCCAAGUGUAAUGCUGGCACCCUUUCCUACAUGGCCCCAGAACAUCUGCAGGACAUCAAUGCAACGCCUGUGGAAAAAUCAGACGUUUACAGUUUUGGCAUUGUCUUAUGGGCCAUUUUUGCCUCCAAAGAACCUUAUGAAAAUGCGGUCAAUGAUACACAGCUGUACCAUUGCAUCACAGCAGGGAACAGGCCACCUAUCAAAGAGGUGGAAGACAGUUGUCCAAAUGAGAUUAUUAUUUUAAUGGAACGCUCUUGGCAGCAACAGUCAAAUGAUCGCCCAACCUUUUCAGAAAUAAAUUUGAUUUACAGCCCAUAUUACCAUGAAAACUUUGAACAGGAUGUGGAAGACCAUGUGAGAGAAUUAAAGGAAAUAUAUCCUGAACCAAUUGGCGUUGUAAAACGGAUGGAAUCUCUCCAAGUAGAUGCUGUGUCAGAACCUCCCAGCAGAGCUCGAUCUGAUCAACCUGGUUCUUUACACAGUUCUCAAGGUUUCACUGCUAACAACGUAGAUGAAAACAUGUUUCAGCCAUAUCCAGAAAACGAGCCUGUAGAAAGCUGUGAAAAUGCCUUUGAGCCGCCGGCAACCUUGCAACGAAAAUUACAGGAUGAAUUGAAUUACCAUGUAUAUGGCAGCCGGAUGGAUAAGCCAGAAAGUCCUGCUGUGUACAGUGCUGAAAUGCAAGAAGAGGAGAGGAGAAGGAGAAAGGUCUCCUAUGACCCAUUUGCCAAAGCGGCAGCCACACCUCAGACACCAGAGAUUUAUCCGAGAACUCAAAACAUCCAAGCAAGUGUGAGUCACAACAAUAUCGGUGCAGCUCAUUCAAGUCGUCCAUGGCACUCAACGCCAUCAGGAGCAAUAGAUCCAAAUGGCUUUUUGGGGGCAGGAACUCUACAUCCCAGAAGGCUACUAAGUGCAGAAGAUCUCUAUGGAGCACCCUCAGCCACAAACUUUAAUUUCAAUAAAGCACCAAUUCCAGAAUCUGGCAUAAACAGUCAGGCUAAGCCAUACAAUCCAUAUCAUUAUCCCCAAAGCUUAAGCACAGAAACUGGUCCUGUGGAGUCGGUUCCCUUUAGAAAAUUCAACUUUGCAGAUCCUAUUAUGGGCAGAAUACCUACAGAAGAACCUGCACACUACAACAUCUAUAACAGUACUGGAAUUCAAAUAGGCUCCUACAACUAUUUAGAAAUUAAAAAUCAAGAUAUUCGAGGAAACAGCCCUCCAGCAACUGCUGAUUACUAUACAGAAGAAUACCAGAAACUAUUUGAGAGCACUGCUCUAGUCUCAGAUGUUCACCUAAACCUUGUGAGAGACAACUUGUCCAAGAAGUGGAAACACUGCGCUCGUAAACUGGGCUUCAGUGACCCGGAGCUGGAUGAAAUUGACCAUGACUAUGAACGGGAUGGACUCAAAGAAAAAGUUUACCAGAUGUUCCAGAGGUGGCUGAUGAAGGAAGGCAGCAAAGGGGCAACGGUGGGGAAGCUGGCCAAGGCCCUUUUUGCUUGCGAUCGGAGAGAUCUCCUCAAUAGUUUUAUCAAAAUAAACCAGGAUUCUGAUAGAAACAGCAGAUAAAGAAGUCAAACAAAGAGCUGGAGGAUUUUGGCUGGGUUGGACUUUUUUCCAGAAGACAUUUUUGUAUUAAUGCUGCCAGCAGACCGCUACUCUAUGCAAGCAGAGUAAGGAAUGGAAGAUAAAGAGCAAAUGAUGGCCAAUCCAAAGGGACGUUUUCAUAGCAUUCCCCCCACCCCCCCAAAAAAGCUACAAACUUAACAGAAUGCUUUCCAGCAGAGACAGACAAAACAUUUUGAGUGUUUUGCUCUGUGCACGGAACAAAAUGGCUGUUUUGUUUUGGACACGGACCACAAUAUGGUUUGUCCACAGCUAAGGGAGAGCAGCAACAGUGGCUGAGCAGAGGGAGAGAGGACUCAGGGAAGGCUGAACAAGAUUUUGGUAUAUACCACACUGGGCCUUUAGCGGCAAUGGUGGUGGCUGAGGAGAAGGAUGAGGGAGGGAAAGGAAAGCACUGGUAGGGCUGGUCCCUGAGAUGUUCCAUUUUGGGAAUUGAUAAUGGAAAUAGGAAGCGAUACCCACUAACUUAGCCCUGUUUGCCUGUCUGGAUUUGUUUAAUCUAAAUGCAAGACAAAGUAUUCUGGGCCUGGCUUCUGCCAAACCAUAACUGGCCAGAAAUGGUUCAUCAGAAUUUCCAAAGUGCUAUGGGCUUUUUUCUAGGUAUAAAAUGCAACAUUUUUUCCCUCGUUUCGUGCAUACCUCUCCCCAUUUUACAAUAUGUCAAAUUUUGAAUGAAUUUGUACAAUUUUAAUUUUUUAAAUAGAGAAAAUGGGUAUAA